AUAAAAAAUAAAAUAAAAUAAAUAAAAUAGUCGCCCCAAUUCCUCGACAUUAUAUAUGUUCGUCAUUUUUGGCUCGCUACUUUUCUCUCAAUUUGCUCCAAAAAUCUCAUAUUUUCAAAGUCUCCUUUCUCAUUCUCUUUCUCCCAAAGCUCUCUCCUCUCUACAAAUAGGCACUUCAAAACGAUGCCGUAUUGCAAUAUUUCUGGUGAGGAAUCCACCUCAAAAAAUGGGACCCGAAUUUUCUAUAGAACAUAUGGAAAUGGACCUAUAAAAAUUCUUUUGAUUAUUGGUUUAGCUGGAACCCACGAUUCAUGGGGGCCUCAAAUCAAACGAUUUGCAGGGACUGAUAUUCCAAAUGAUGAAAAAUCAACGGUUGAUGAUGCGGGGUUAUGCAAUGGGAGUGUGGAGGUUUGUGCAUUUGAUAAUCGUGGUAUGGGUCGGAGCUCCGUUCCCACUAAGAAAUCCGAGUACACUACAACGAUCAUGGCGAAAGAUACGAUAGCCCUAAUAAAUUAUUUGGGCUGGAAAAAAGCACAUGUUUUUGGGCAUUCAAUGGGAGGUAUGAUAGCCUGCAAAUUGGCGGCUUUAGUGCCUGACAGAAUUUUGUCUUUAGCAUUACUUAAUGUAACUGGAGGAGGAUUUCAAUGUCUUCCAAAGCUUGACCGGUUAACUCUAUCAGUUGCGGUGCGCUUCUUGUUGGCCAAGACACCAGAGGAAAGGGCUGCUGUGGACUUGGAUACACAUUAUAGCCAAGAUUAUCUUGCUGAGUGUGUUGGACAGAGAACAAGACGAUCAAUUUUAUAUCAGGAAUAUGUCAAAGGCAUUUCAAAAACUGGGAUGCAGUCUAAUCAUGGUUUUGAAGGGCAAAUUAAUGCAUGUUGGACUCAUAAAGUGACCAAAACAGACAUUGAACGAAUUCGCUCAGCUGGUAUCCUCAUCUCUGUCAUUCAUGGAAGGCAUGACAUUAUAGCUCAAAUUAGCCAUGCCAAAAGACUGGCAGAGAAGUUGCAUCCUUUUGCGAGAAUGGUGGAUCUACAUGGAGGACAUUUAGUGAGCCAUGAGAGGACCAAUGAGGUAAACGAAGCACUUCUCGAUUUGAUAAAGGCAUCAGAAUGCAAGACAAACCUGAAUGAAUGGACCAAUUUACCUGAUAAGAAAAGCUCAGAUUGGAUCCGACAAAUGAUGAUAUUGAGCACCACAACCUCAGCCGCGAGAAGCAGUCUAUCAUCCAUGAAUAGAGUAUUCGAAAAAUUGAAUGGUUUCUUGAUUUAUCUUUUCGGUGUUUUCCUUGUUGUGUAUGAGUAUGUACGAAGAGUUGUGGGAAGAUUCAAGCCUGUCAGGAUCGGGUCGUCUCUCACCACUUAAGCCCUUUACCAAGGAUGGGUUGCUUGUGCCCUUGCUACUCGUGUAUCUUACAACUUAAAUUAUCUACAUUCUAGGCAGAAGUGAGCUCGUGUUUGGGAUCGAAGUUACUAGUCUCUGCAAGCUUAUAAUUGGGCCUGAAGUUGGUUUUGUACAGUGAAAUUUCCAUGCGGCCGACUGCAUCGAAAAGGGCAGGCAAGUGUUCUGCCCUGGAGAGAAAUUGUAUUUGGAAGGGGGUUAAUAUUUUGUGUCCCCCAGUUUACUCCUAUUUUCUUGUUAUUGUGAAGCCAUUUUAACAGGCCCAGUUGAAACUUGAAAGAGUAGGAAAACCCCAUAUACUUGUAAUUGUCAUUGUACAAGAAAUUGAUAAUAAUUGUGAAUUGAAGAGGAUUAUAUUAUUCAAUUAAAUUACUUUAACUAGAUGGAUAUGGUGUGCAUGGUUGAUGAUUACUCCUAUACCUUUGAUUUUGUACAUUACAAAACAUGAAGUGAAAUUUUGUUUGUGUUGUGGAAAAACUAAAGGGACAUAGAGAAUGUUAGAGAAUGUUGUGCAAGUGAAAGUGUAGCAACCCUAGUUAGAGGCUUGAGUCAACAAUGAGAAGGAAAUUACGCUUUUAAAUAACUUGACCUGUGUUUGGAUGAAAGAAAAUGAAAUGAAAAAAGAGAAGAGAUUUAGAGAGGUGAAGAAAAUGAGUAUGCGAUUUUUAUCUUA